GGCCCGGCACGGCCCGACAGAGCAGCGCCAUGCCGCCCCGCCGCCUCCUCCUCGUCCUCCUCCCGUUUCUCACCGUCCUCUGCCCGCUGGUCCCGGGCCGCGGGGAGCAGCGCGCUGCCCCGGGGAAGAUCGCCGUGAUCGGCGGCGGCAUCGGGGGGACGGCGGCCGCUUAUUUCCUGCGGCAGAAGUUCGGGAGGAGCGUGCGGAUCGAGGUGCUGGAGCGGGGGGAGGUGGGCGGCCGUUUGGCCACGGUGGAGGUGGAAGGGGAGAGCUACGAGGCGGGGGGGUCCGUGCUGCACCCCCUCAACCUGCACAUGAAGCACUUCGCCAAGGAGUUGGGCCUCCCUGCUCUCCCUGUCCCCAGCAACCUCAUGGGCAUCUAUAACGGAGAGGAGUUUGUCUUCGAGGAGAGCAGCUGGUACAUCAUCAACGUCCUCAAGCUGCUCUGGCACUACGGGUUCAGCCCCCUGCGGAUGAACAUGUGGGUGGAGGACAUCUUGGACAAGUUCAUGCGGAUCUAUCGCUACCAGACGCACGACUACACCUUCAGCACUUACGAGCGGCUCUUCCACGCCCUUGGAGGGAAUGACUUCAUUCAGAUGUUUAACCAGACCAUCGAUGAAGCCAUGCAGAAAGCCAGCUUUUCCCAGAAGUUCAUAAAUGAGAUGGUUUGUCCGGCCAUGAGGGUCGAUUACGGGCAAGGUGUCAACAUCAAUGGCUUUGUAGGUGCCGUGUCUCUGGCAGGGGCAGGAUCAGGCCUUUGGUCAGUGAAAGGGGGAAACAAACUUGUCUGCACUGGUCUUAUUUACGCCUCGAAAGCAGAUGUUAUCGCUGGUACAGUCGUGUCUAUAGAGCCCAAAACCAGAAAGAGAUCCACAGGGGACCCAGUUAACCUCUACCACGUCACCUACGACACGCCGUCAGGACAGACAGGGGACAUCUAUGACAUUGUUGUCAUUGCUGCUCCGCUGAACCGCAAAAUAGCCAACAUCACCUUCAAGAACUUCAGCCCUCCGGUCCCAGAGUUCUCCAAUCCUUACCAACAGACCGUGGCUACGUUUGUGCAUGGCCGCUUAAACGCCUCCUUCUUUGGCUACCGGGACCCAUCCGCCUUUCAUCUGGGUGCCAUUUUCACUACAGAGAAUCCCAAACUGUUCAUCAACAGCGUGGGGAUCGUGUCUCCUGUGGAAAACAGAGGCAGCGAAGAAAAGCCCCCCUUGCAGUCAGCAGUCUGGAAGAUAUUCUCAAGGGAAGUGCUCACGAAAGAGCAGCUGAACUUGCUUUUCUCCUCCUAUGACUCUGUCAAGGUGAAGAAGUGGCUGGCAUACCCCCACUACAGCCCCCCGAAUGAAUUCCCACCUAUCAUCCUCCAUGACAACAUCUACUACCUGAAUGGCAUCGAGUGGGCUGCGAGUGCCAUGGAGAUGAGCUCCAUUGCAGCCAAAAACGCCGCGCUGCUCGCCUACCACCGCUGGUACGGCAACACAGACAAAAUCGACCAGGAAGACUUGUAUGAGAAACUGAAAACAGAGCUUUGAGCUGUGCACCACUACGGCCCCCACAGAUACAGAUCACGUACUGAAGCUGCGUAGUUGCAACUAAAAGGAACGAAGGAGGAGCUUGGAUGCUGUGAUUUUUAUUCUAACUUCUCACUUAGCCUUGAAGGAGGAGGAAACAUCCAGUCAGCUCCAGGCACAACUUGACUUGGACUGCUGUCGAAAGUGGGGGGCACUUCCCCAAGUGAGCUGGUCCUCCCUCAAGCAAAGCCUUCAAUCUGUCCCCCUGUAAGAUAACCAAGAUGUUUUAAAUGCCACGUUGACCCUAAAGUGUCCUUCAGGUCCUGCCAAGCCCAGGAUCUGCAUCACUGUGAUUAACUGAGCACUGUUCCCCUUAGACCUGUGCAUGUCGCUUUCCCUCUCUGUACGUCUCUUUGUUGGGGGGGGGAUAUAAGUCAGCUUUUUAGCAUUAAAUCUCUCUGCCUCCACUUUUCUAAAGAGUGCAUCAAGGAACCAGCCCUUGGGGUGGGACCAGGGGAAAUGGUGAAUACAGUCUUUGCUAUCAUCCAAGUUCUGCAGGUGGGGGAGUGAGGAGAGAGGGCAAACAGAAGCAGACCUGUGCGUGAGUUGCUGAAAUGGGUGGAAAACAGGCAAAAGACACACCGUGUACUUCUCUUCAUCAAGGUUUGGAAGUGUCAGCUGCUUGGAUGACCUAAAAAUGACAGCAGGGCAGCAGUAGGUUGUAGCAGAGAAACUCUUCUGUCCCUUGACUGGAUCUAAUAUUGCUGCUGAACCUCACCCAUGUCUAACUACACAGUAAAUACGAUGUUGCCAUUACAAAUAAAAGGAAUGCACAGGUUUGAAAGGAA